UCGGACGCCGUCGGUAGCGGGUCAGACUGCGCUCUCCGGGGCGGAGGCGACGGCAGUCAUGGAGCUCGUGCUGCUGCCCGUGCUGCUGGUCGUUCUGCUGCUGGUUCUGCUGUACAAGUAUGGUACACGCAACUACGGCACGCUGGAGAAGCUCGGCAUCCCCGUCGUCAAGCCGUACCCGUUCGUGGGCAGCGUGCGGUACCCUGCCCGCACCUCCACCGACCAGGAGGACAUGCGCAAUGCCAAGCGCUUUGGCAAGGUCUGGGGCGUGUACGAAGGCCCGUGGCCGCAGGUGUUUGUGGCUGACGCGGAGCUGGCCAAGCGGAUCUUAAUCAAAGACUUUGACCACUUCCCCGACCGGCCGAUCCUGUUCGACAUUCCGUACGGCCGUGACAUGCUUGACAUGAAGCCGGGAGAGCAGUGGAAGAUGCUCAGGUCCAUGCUCGCUCCUGCGCUGGCCUCCGGUGUCAAGCUCAAGGCCAUGAUGCCCACAAUGGUUGAGUGCGCUCAGCAGGCAUUCCACAGAAUGGAAGCGAAGAUGCGUCACACCCCAGUGCUGUCGAUGCGAGAGGACCUGUUCGGCCCGCUGACGCUGGACAUCAUGGCCCAGUUCUCCUUUGGCAUCAAGGUGCCCAACGUCGCAGACACAAGUAGCACGUUCGUCAAGUACGCAUCGGCUUUCAGCGCCCAGGGAGACACCCCAGACACGUGGAUGACAACGCUGAUGACCUCGUUCCCCAGCAUCGCCAACUACAUGAUGGGCAGGGAGCUGGUUCCCGCAUUCAAGUACUUCCUGAACCUGGUGCGCAGCUCCAUCAAGCAACGGCGCGCCGAAGGCGUCGAGCGCCCAGACCUGAUUGGCGCACUGAUGGACGCCAUCGACAAGAAGGUGCCGAUGCCCGAGUGUCGCAGGCUCAACAUCACCGAAGAACUCGUCAUGCUGCAGGGCGCCGAGAUGCUGAUGGCCGCCUACGACACCAUUGGCACUACGCUCACCAUCACCUCCUACUUCCUCGCCAAGAACCCGGACGUCGCCGCCCGCAUCGCCGAAGAGGCAGCCGGCGUGGAGCUGACGUACGAGGCGCUGCAGCGGCUGCCGGUGACGGAGGCCGCGAUACAGGAGUCGCUGCGCCUUUCGCCGCUCAUCUCGCGCCACUUCCGACUCUGCACGCGCGACUGGGAGUACGAUGGCCUGCGCAUCCCCAAGGGCACGACUGUCAUCCUGCCGCUGUGGCCGUACCACCGCGACCCGGAGGUGUUCCCGGAGCCGGAGCGCUUCCUGCCCAACCGCUGGCUGGGCGAGCAGGGCCGCCAGCUCGGCCAGUACAGCUGGAUGCCGUUCGGCCUGGGACCGCGCGCCUGCAUCGGCAGCCGGCUGGGCAUGAUGGAGUGCAAGUUCUUGCUGGCCUACCUGCUGCAGCGCUACCGCCUCACGGCCACGCCCGAGACGAAACUGAAAUAUUACACGGGGGCGACGCUGUUUAUCGGCGCGCACCCUAUCAUGUGCAAGGUGGAAAAGCUCCAGUGAGCUGGUGACGCCGCCGCGUAAGGUGCACAGAGCUUCUUGCCCCACCAAUGCAAGGUGACUUCUACCAACUCUAGAAUGGCGCGAUGCACAGGAGUUGAAGGCGAUAUGAGUGGCUGUGUUUAGUUCACGUCUGUUUUUCACCGUUGCCACUCCAGCCCGUCACUUCGAUGCCUCCGUUCCUGCCGCCCAGCUGAUUGUGACAUGCUAUUUGCCUGCCUGGUGCGGCAGUCCGGAACUUGCUCUCUGCCUUUCAGUUUCAUGUGCUCGAUGUAUCGCGCUCAAUCCGCAGUAGGAAGUAUCAAUACAAACGCAAAGAAACGCA